UUUGUACCUAAGCCGGAAGGUAAGUGUCCUGAUCAAAAGAUGGAUAUUGCAAUCCUGGCCGACGUAUCAAAAAGCAUGGACAGGCGGCAGCGAAGUAAGAAGAUAGAACUGAUCAAUGAGAUAUUGGAAAAGAAAGGCGUUUCCUCAUCAGGAAAUCAUUUUGCUCUCGUCACCUUUGCAAAGGAGGUCGUUAUCGAAAGCAACUUCAACGAUCAGUCAUACUUCGAGGAAAACAAAUUGAAAGACUUAGUUCAGGAGAAAUUAAAUGUGAUACCUAAGUUCUGGGGAACACGAACAGAUCUGGCCAUGGAUCUCGUCGCGAGAGAGUUGUUUACCGAACAAGGAGGAGACAGGUCUAAUGCUGAGAACUUCAUUAUCAUGUUUACCGAUGGGAAACCUUUUAAGUCAAAAUGGGAUGAACGACCUGAUAUACCGUUUGAGGAUUCGUUAGAAGUUUUAAAGAGCAAAGGCGUGAGGAUAAUUGUCGUGGGAGUCGGUAAAGACGUCUAUAAAGAAAAAAAGGCGUUGUCAGAGAUUGCAGGCAACAAUGGAAAAGUGCUUCUGUACCCUGAGUUUGGUGACCUCUCCGAACAGUUGGGAGAUAUUCUCGAAGCUUCGUGUGUCAUUGACGGUGGAUACACUGAGUGGUCUGAAUCUGAGUGCAGCGUGUCGUGCGGUGAAGGGAAAAAGACACUAACGAGAACCUGCACCAAUCCCCCGCCAUUUAACGGUGGAAAGGACUGUAGUGAACUGGGCCCAGCUAAGAAGACAGUUAAAUGUAACGAAGGACUCUGUCGGAAUUUGCUAAGAAACUAGCAAAAAAAUUUAAAGAAAAGGACGUUAGUACAGUGGCCGUGGGAAUUGGCAAAAACGUGCAAAAGGAAACCCUGAGGCAGAUUGCAGGUGGAGGCUCAGUGGUUGAGGUGGACGACUUCGACAAACUUAAAGGAACGAUCGAAGAAAUCAAAUCAAAAGCUUGUUCAGAAUGAAAACCCUGCUUGAGAUUCACCAAGUGGAGUUAGU